AAGGUGAAAUAAACGUGUGUGAAACAAUAUUAUUUUUGUAUACGAAAGACUUUAUUAGAUUUAUGUAAAUGUAAAAAGUUGUAACAAAUUAAUACAGUGUUGCCAACAACGUUUCUAUGAAAUAAAGAUUUGAUCAAAGACGAGCUAAGUGGAACGAUUUAUUAAAGAAUUAAAAUAAUAUUUAAAUGUGAUUAAUUGACAAAAGUUAUCUUUGAUUAAAUGUUAUAACAAGUGAAGAAUUUUAUUGUGAAUACUGUGCCAUUUAAGGAAUACUUCGUUAUCAUGAAAGAUAAAAAGAAAAGUCGAAAUAAAAAUAAAAUGAAAAGAAGUACUAAAAGCAGACGUACAGUGAGAAGUACCAGAAACAAACGUCCAGUAAAAUGUAAAAGACUUGGAUUAAACACUGUGAAACAUUGCACUGAUACAGAAAAUAAUAGAUUAUAUAAAAAAGUAGAUAGUCAUACUAUUAAAAUUCCGUGUAAACAAGUUUUUGUAGUUAUUGAAAAUUUAUCUUCCAAAAUAAUUGACAAAUAUGUAAGGAAUAGUAAAAAUCAAUCUAAACAGGAAAUAAGUGAAACAGGAGACAUCCAAUUACAAAAUUCGAAACAACCCAGUAUAUCAGAAAAGCUUCCAACUGAAAAGAAACAACCGAACGAUAAUGUUAGUUAUAUUUUUGAUAAUAACACACGCACACACAGUGAUGUUAAUAAUACUACUGUAAAUUUGACUAAUACUAUUAAUAUUAAGGAUAAGCUAAAGAGAAAAAGAAUGCACGCUGAUUUCAAAAUGGCAGAAAUGGAAAUUGAAGAAAAUAUAUGUGUAAGAGAAGUUAAAAAAAGAUGUGCAUUAUCUAUAAAACGUAUUUAUGAAGAAAGUAGAAGAACAAAGAGAAUGUCUGAAUUAAGCUGUGGAAGUAUUGAACAAACUACCGUUUUAAACAAUUUGAAUUCAACUGAUAAUAAAAUUACAAGGAAUAACUCAAAUCUUUACGCUCAGAAUACGAACAUAGCUGAUGCUAAAGUCAUAUUAACUAGAUUAGAAAAUAUGCAUAAUACUUAUGUUACCAAUUGGAAGAAUAAAUGUGCACAACAAGCUCUUUUGUCUACAAAUUUAGAGUCUACUAUCUCACAUGAAGAUAUCUCUAUAAAUACAUUACCUAUAGAAACUAUAGAUAAUUAUCACAGAAACGAUAUAGAAGAUAGUGAUAAUUAUAUGAAUGAAGAAAAUGAUUUAAAUAUAUGUACUUUACAAUCGAAAUGUGAACAACAUUUAAUACCCAAAGUGCACUUAAUGAAAUUAAAAACCUUAGAAAAUGUGUAUAAAAUACCAAAUUCAUUUUCAAAAAUAAUUAGUUCAACAGCAGAGAACUUUGAUAACUUUGAAUUGAAGGUUAAUCAUUCCAGUAAUGUAUUUAAUCGUGAUAACGAAGUUAACUUUGACUCAUUGAAUAUACAGUCCGAGGAAAACCAAUUGUGUGCAUUUGAGAUAACUGGUACAUGUUUUGAAUCAAUAGAAAGAUUAGAGAAUCCAGAAAUACAUAAACCAUUAAUAUGUGAAGAGGAAAAAAGGCCUACUUUACCAGAAAAUGUCUCUAUCGAUAGGUCAAUAUGUACAGCAAAUGUACAAAAAUGUUUAGAAAGAAGUUCAGAAAAAUCUACAAAAGAAGUUAUUUCAGAUGAGAUGUCAGAAAUAAAUUCAGAAUUAAAGAAAAUUGAAACAUCACCAUCGAUUAUUACAGAACAGAAUACUUCUUUAAAUGCAAAUAAUGUGAUACCUAAAAAUGAAAUUAUUUAUGAAGAUUUACAAAUUCCACAGAGUAAGGAAAUAACGAUUAUUGAUAAUAACGAAGAGACUAUAAUCAUUGAUAAUAAAGAAAAGCUUGUAAUAAUUAAUAUGCAUCAAGAAUUAAAUAAUAAAAAAAAUUCCUAUAGUGAUGAAAUAAAAGAAGAAAAUAGUAUUGCAAAGUUACCAGAAAAUGUACAUACAAACCAACAAGAAACACAACGUAUUAUACAUUGUAAAUGUUUUUCUUGCAUGUCAUUGAUUGUUAAUGAGAAUAUUCAGGAGGUUUCAAACUAUAAUAAGACACAAAAAUCGAAUUUGCAAGAAAAAUCUUACGAUCUUGAUAAUAAUAGUACAGAAUCAUUAACGUCUGUAAAUAUUUCUUCAUUAUCAUCUACUAUUUCUAAAGAUAACAUGAAUAAACGUUGUCAUGAAAAUGAAAACAAAGACAAAGACGAACUUUCAUGUAAUAAAAUAUUUAAAAAUAAUCAUAACAAUUUAAAAUGUAAUAUUUGUUCAAAAGUAUUUGAUUCAGAGAUAAAUCUCUUAAAUCAUUUAUAUAUUCAUACUAAUCAAAAACAGUUGCAAAUAAAAUAUGAAGGAAAUAACAAAAAUCAGAAUUGCAAUAACAUAAAUGUUAGUAGUCGUGAUGAUGAAACUGAUUUAAUUGUUUUAAAUGAAGAAAUCGAAACUGGAAAUAAUAUGACAGUCGAAUCAUUGUACCCUUACAAUGCAAACUAUGAAAGUAUGACCAAUGAAAUAACUUCAAGAUUACAACAAAAUAUAUCAGAAAAAAAUGAUUUGAAAAUAUCAACUAUAGAACCCGAUAAAGAAGAUAAAUUAAUUAAAAAUUCAAUAGUUGAUGAAAAAUUAUCAUUUAAAUAUUGUACGUGUCAUGAAAAAGAAUUUGAAAAGGUAACAUCCAUGGUAUUAGUUUUAUAUUGCAAUAUAUGCAAUGUUUUAUAUCAUAAUAUAGAUUGUUUUAAGACCCAUUUGAAUGAAAAAUUAUAUACGUGUAACGAUAAAAAACUAACAACAAAAAUGUCGAAACUGUACUGCAACAUUUGUAAAACAAUGUUAUCUGAUUUCCAAGAAAUGCGUAAACAUAUGGAAUAUCAUUUAAUACAUUUUAAAAGUAUCAAAUUAUUUUGUCAUAUUUGUAAGAUACGUUUUAUCGGCAUGGGUCGAUUAUUUUUUCAACAUUGGUUACAUCACGAAGUAGAUAUUUUUUAUAAAGCUUCAAUUUCUGAAUUUCCAACAAUAGCAAUAGUGAAGACUGUUACAAAAGAAUGGUCAAUUAUUACUUCAGAUGAAUUCAAAUAUCUUAUUAUAACGGAACAUGUUUGUAAUAAUUGUAAAGUGCAGUGUUUUUCAACGAAUGAAUUGAAAAAACAUUUAUUGUUUUGUCAAAAAAAGGGCAAGUUAAUUAAUAUAAGGCUUUUAAAACAUCACAGAGAUUCAGUGAUAGCAGAUGUUCAGUCGGAAUUGGAUGUUCCUACGAAAAUUGAUAAAAUUUCAGUUUCAAACAAAUCAUAUAAUUUUACUUGUAAAAUUUGUUCGGAUACUUUCGAAAAUUUAAGGAAAUUAGUAAUUCAUUUAGAAAAUUAUCAUGGAUCUUUUGUAAAUUUUACAUGUAAUCAGUGUGAACAAAGAUAUAACGAUUUAAUAAAAUACCUAGGACAUUUAGAUAAUUGCAUUAAAGCAGAUGAUACCAUUAAAAAUACUUAUCACGAGAAAAAAUUUGUUUGUAAGAUUUGUAAUAUAAUUUUUGACUCAAGAAGAGGUUUGCACCUACAUAAUACGCUCUUCAAAAACAAGGUACUACAUUUGUCUACAACUGAACAAAUUAAAGAAGAUGAUAGUGUUGGUCCUAUAAAUGAGAGUAUAUCUGAAGUGCCUAAAACUCCAAAUUCUGUAGUUAAACAGUUAAUUGAUACACCAACAAAUUUAUCUUUUGAAAAACCUCGAGUAAAUACUUAUAAAGUAAAUAAUGAUUCCGAUAAGAACGAUAAAGAAAAAGAUCUAAAUGGCAAAAGAACAACAGUUAUAAUUCAAUUAACUAAUUCAAAACAGAAGUCUGUACUUGAUAAAAAUACUGAAUCAUCCAAAAUUAUUAAUAUAACAGAAAAAAAUGAUGAAGUUACAUUGAUAGAAUCUGAAAUCCUACAAGAAAAUCAGAAAAAAUCCAAUAGAAAAAGUAAUAAAAAUACAUCGAGUGAACCUAAACUCUCACAAGAAAAUCAGAAAAAAUCUAACAAAAAAAAUGAUGAAAUUACAUUGAUCGAACCUGAAAUCCCACAAAAAAAUCAGAAAGAAUCGUACGAAAAUAAUGAUGAAGUUACAUUGAUAGAAUCUGAAAUCCUAAGAGAAAAUCAGAAAAAAUCCAAUAGAAAAAGUAAUAAAAAUACAUCGAGUGAACCUAAACUCUCACAAGAAAAUCAGAAAAAAUCUAACAAAAAAAAUGAUGAAAUUCCAUUGAUCGAACCUGAAAUUCCACAAAAUAAUCAGAAAGAUUCGCACGAAAACUCAUGGGAAGACGUAGAAGAAACGUCGAAUGACCUAUUAAAUUAUUCAACUCCUUCAUCAAGUAAACAUUUAGCAAAAGAUCUGUUAAAUUAUUCUACUUCUCCAUCAAAUAAAGAUUUAGCAAAUGCUAACAAAUUUUUACGGGUAAGGAAUAUCUUAGAGUUGGUAGAACAACCAUCAAAAUAUAGCAAUUAUUUCAUUGAACUAAAUAGAAGUACCGACACUUCAAAGUCUUCAUCUAUAGCUAGAAACUCGUCACUUCAAAAAUAUACUGGGAAAGUAAAGGCUUCUACUUUAUCAUCAGAAACAGCAAGACAACUAGCAGCAAGAGCACCAAAACCACCAUCAAUAGAACCAAGCAGAGUAUUACCGCGAAAAAUACCCUCAAAAGCAGGAAAACUACCAUCAACAGCAUCAAAACUAGUAUCAAUACUACCAAAACCACCAUCAACAGCACCAAAAUUACCAUCAACAGUAUCAAAACCACCAUUAACAGCACCAAAAUUACCAUCAACAGCAUCAAAACCACCAUUAACAGCACCAAAACAACCAUUAACAGCACCAGAACUAACAUCAACAACACCAAUACUAGUACCAGUAGCACAAAAACUACCAUCAACAGCACCAAAACCACCAUCAACAGUAUCAACACUAGUAUCAAUAGCACCAAAACCACCAUCAACAGCACCAAAACUAUCAUCAACAGCAUCAAAACCACCAUUAACAGCACCAAAACUACCAUCAACAGCACCAAAAACACUAUUAACAAAACCAGUACUAAUACCAAUAGCACGAAAACUACCAUCAAUAGCACUAAAACCACCAUCAACAGCAUCAACACUACCAUCAAUAGCACCAAAACCACCAUCAACAGCAUCAAGACUAGUAUCAACAGCACCAAAACCACUAUCAACAGCAUCAAUACUAGUAUCAAUAGCACCAACACUACCAUCAACAGCACCAAAACCACAAUCAACAGCAUCAACACUAGUAUCAAUAGCACCAAAACCACCAUUACCAGCACCAAUAAUAGUACCAACAACAACAAUACCAAUACAAGAAACAAGGCAAAUACCAGUACAACAAGUAGCAACAAUAGUAGAGCCACAACCAAUAGAAAUACAAAAUAUGCUAUUACCAGAAAUAACAAUAAUCCAAAAAAAUAAAUUUGAAAAACCAGUAUCAAUAGGAGCACCACAAUCAGGGCAAACAUCUCUACCAAUGCAAACAGUACCUUGUAGAGAACCUUGCUCAACUCAACCAAAAAUUUCUAAUAUUCAAAAUCAAAGUAUAAGGUCGGUUGAAAAUGAGUAUUUAAUGAAUCAUAAAUCUGCUGCAACGAACAACUUUAGAAUAAAUAUUGAAAACCCAGUAUCAAUAGGAGCACCACAAUCAGGACAAACAUCUCUACCAAUGCAAACAGUACCUUGUAGAGAACCUUGCUCAACUCAACCAAAAAUUUCUAAUAUUCAAAAUCAAAGUAUAAGGUCGGUUGAAAAUGAGUAUUUAAUGAAUCAUAAAUCUGCUGCAACGAACAACUUUGGAAUAAAUAUUGGAAAAUCAGUAUUAAAAGGAGCACCACAAUCAGGAAAAACAUCUCUACCAAUGCAAACAGUACCUUGUAGAGAACCUUGUUUAACUCAACCAAAAAUUUCUAAUAUUCAAAAUCGAAAUAUAAGGCCGGUUGAAAAUGACUAUUUAAUGAAUUAUAAAUCUGCUGCAACGAACAACUUUGGAAUAAAUAUUGAAAAACCAGUAUCAAUAGGAGCACCACAAUCAGGACAAACACCACUACCAAUGCAAACAGUACCUUGUAAAGAACCUUGCUCAACUCAACCAAAAGUUUCUUAUAUUCAAAAUCGAAGUAGAAGGCUAGUUGAAAAUGACUAUUUAGUGAAUCAUAAAUCUGCUGCAACGAACAACUUUGGAGUAAAUAUUGAACAGCAGUCGCAAAAUAUAAUGAUUGAUAGUGGAUUAACUGAUCCACAAUUAUCGACGAAUUUCAUUACUAAUAAUUACCAAAAUAUUACUAUUGCAAUACCGGGAAACAAUAAUAAAUGUGGCAAGACAGCAUCUGCAUCCACAGCAUCUAUACCUAUAGCAUCUGCUUCUGCAUCUACAUCUGCAUCCACUGCAUCUAUACCUGUAGUAUCUGCAUCUGCAUCCACAGCAUCUAUACCUAUAGUAUCUGCUUCUGCAUCUGCAUCCACAGCAUCUAUACCUAAAGUAUCUGCAUGUGCAUCUGCAUCCACAGCAUUUAUACCUACAGCAUCUACAUCCACAGCAAUGAAUUCACAGUUCAAAAGUUAUAUUGCUGAAACUAAAUCUAGAUCAAAAAAACAUCGUAAUACCCAUGUACUAGUGAUGCAGAGUCCCGAUCAUGAUUAUACAAGUAAUACAGUAGCCGAAGGGAACUCUGCUGAUAUUAGACCAGAGAACGGAGUAACAACAAAUAUGAAUAAUGGAGCUUCUAUUUAUCCGGUAUCAUCUAAUAAAUCUAAUAAUUAUGAUACUACUAAUGGUAAGUUUUUUGUGAAUAAAAUUUUGACUACAAUGAAAACAAAGAACAUUAAUACAAUUAAAGAAACUAAAAACAAUAAUGAUUUAUCAAAUAUUGUGAAUGAUACGAAUCAACAACAACCAAAUGGAAAAAAAGUGGCUACUAUUUGUGGGAAAAGUAAUGUGAUUUCUAAAUUUGAGAAAUUUCUUCAGUUAUUUCCUACUCUUCGAUUUCAACUUAUAUGUAAUUAUUGUCCAGAUAGUUCUAAGCGUUUUACGAGAGAAGAAUAUGACAUUCACAUGAAAUCUAAACAUAAUUUCGUCUGCAAUUUAUGUAACAGUUGUUUACAUACUUUAAGUGACUUACAAAAACAUAAAAAAAAACAUACAGUAAAUUCUUAAAAUAUUUUUCAAAGCUAAAAAUUUGAA